AUGGAUGGAGGAAAUCACUCAAUGGUGUCUGAGUUCUUGUUGCUGGGCCUCACCGGUUCUUGGGAGAUUCAGAUUCUCCUCUUCCUGUUUUUCACAACAUUUUAUAUAGCAAGUAUGCUGGGGAACCUUCUCAUUGUGCUCACAAUCAUCUCAGACCAUCACUUACAUUCCCCAAUGUAUUUCCUGCUGGCGAAUCUCUCAUUCAUUGAUACAGGUGUUUGCAGCAUUGCAACCCCAAAGAUGAUCUACGACCUUUUCAGAAAACACAAAGCCAUCUCCUUGAAAGGGUGCAUCACUCAGAUGUUCUUCAUUCACACUGUUGGGGGGACAGAGAUGGUGCUGUUGAUAGUCAUGGCCUAUGACCGAUACGUGGCUAUCUGUAGGCCCCUCCACUACCUGACCAUCAUGAGCCUCAGAGUGUGCAUUUCUCUCUUGGCUGUUGCUUGGACCAUUGGGCUCAUCCACGCUGUGGCCCAACUGGCUUUUGUGGUGAACCUCCCCUUCUGUGGCAGCAACCAAAUGGAUAGCUUUUAUUGUGAUUUUCCUCGGUUCAUCAAACUUGCGUGCACAGACACAUACAGGCUGGAGUUUCUGGUCACUGCCAACAGUGGUUUCAUCUCCAUGGGCACCUUCUUCAUCUUGAUUGCGUCUUACAUCUUCAUCCUGGUCACGGUUCGUAAGCACUCUUCAGGUAGUUGCUCCAAGGCCCUCUCCACACUCUCAGCUCACGUUACUGUUGUGGUUUUUUUCUUUGGACCUUGCAUUAUUGUGUAUGUGUGGCCAUUCCCUACCUUACCCAUAGACAAAUUUUUAGCUAUUUUUAAUGUUGUUAUCAUCCCUUUUAUGAAUCCUGUCAUUUAUACAUUUAGAAAUAAGAAGAUGAAGGAGGCCAUGCAGAGGGUGUUUGUUAAGGCUUUGUAUUUUGGGAAGAGUUCUUUCACGCAUGCUGCAAGAAAUUCAGUGUCAUCUUGA